GUUGUCAAACAAUAAUUGCAAAUGGCAACAUAACGAAUGAUGUGAGCGCUGGAGUUUGUCGGGAAAAUAAUGUCACGUCAAAGAUUCCAUCAUUGAAAUUGGCAAGAUACGAGAGAAAUGAGGAACAUCGUUAGAAUCGCUAUCAUCCUGUUGCUUUCACAAUGUUCUGCGGUCCAUUCUAAGAGGAAAUACGGACGAAAGACAAGUGACAACAACUCGGUGCAAACAGUUAAAUAUCAGGAACAUAGAGAUGUUUCUCUCCUUUAUGGCGCUUCCAAAGAUGCAGAGGAUUCCGGCCAAACAAUUACAGAUGAUCGUGAAGGAAGCACCGACUCUUUCAAUCGAAAUCUCAAGUUAAGGAGGACAGUUAAAAAGCACCAUCUAAAAGGUUCACGUGGGUUUCCUAAACGACGUGUUGAUGAUCUGAGUCACCCCUCUGGGAUGAGGAAGAAUACUGUUGCGACCAAUAAUAAUCAGUUCAAAGAGUUUCAGGAUAAAGAAAAAGUGGCAUUCAACAUAAGAGGAAGUAAGAUGUAUGACAAAAAAAAUUACGCCCCCCGUAAAAGACAUAAAUUUCCUCGCAAGACCAUACGCCACAAAGAGACAUCUACAAAGAAAAGAACUGAAGUCGAAGACGACCUUAGCGAGGAGCGACAAACUAUCAAAAAGACACUCGACUCAUUUGAUGACAUAUCAGGGUCUUACAAUAGAGGUGUCAACAUGGACGGCAUGGAUAUCAAGGAAGUGAGCAUGAUCGACAACAACACUCUGUCAGACUAUUUUCACGCUUUGAAUGGAAACGCAAGUGAAGGAAAUAACAACAACUACAUGCAAGAAUAUGCGUCCUCACCAACACCAGCUUCAACAUGGGAAGAGAGUUCACCCUCAGACACAGAAGAAAGUAGUGGUAAUGACGACUUCUAUGACGCUAUUGAUCGAGGAGACGAGCCUCCUCCGCUGAAAAUGAAAAAGGUUCGUCCCACAAAGUCUAACUUUGACACGUUAAUGCACAAGUCAAGCAAGCAUGUGGGAUCCUCACCGACAAAUCCAGGAACUGGGCCGUCGUCUAAAUUUCGUUUACCCUCUCAAGAGGAUUUCGAAAAUUUUUUUCGUGGAAUGCUUGAUCAUUUUGGCCAUGGACGAAAUCCUGACCAAUCUGUACAACAGAGUGAAAGUAAAGUGAAUCAACACCAAAGAUUGGACAGCCAAAGGAACAUUUCAAAUUUUUUAGAAGCUCUAGGUGAGCAUCGUCCAGGAAACGUAACCAAAGUGGUAUCACUGGGAAGCCCAGAGGAAGUAGAGGUUGAAAGACAAUCCCAACACCCUAAUAUGGUCUUAACGUCUAACACAGGUUCACCUCUGUUUACCAAUGAACAGGUUGGGAGAGAUGGAGAAGGAUUAACGCCCUUCCUUCCACCAGAAAACUUAAUGAAAUGGAGGCAAGGGCCAUUUGGAGGCACAAGAAUCCCUUUGCACGGUCGCGAAAAAGGGCCCGUAAUUAAAGUUGGAAAUCCCUUAACAUUUUUACGCAUACAUCCUCAGGACUCUGAAAAACACGUCGAUCACUUUUUCCCCAAGAAGCAGAAUGGUGCUCUGCCUUCGAAUCCAUCCUAUAAGGGAACUCGGAUUAUGGGAGGGAAAAUAUCAGGUGGUCAAAUUUCAGGCGGACUAAUUAAAGGAGGACAGAUAAAAGCCGGGUCGAUAGAGGGUGGCAUAAUUAAGGGGGGCAAGAUUGUUGGUGGAAGAAUAGCUAAUGGAACUAUGGAGGGUGGCGUUAUUGCUAAAGGGCAAAUGUUAGGAGGGCACUUGGUGAAUGGUAGACUUGAAGGAGGACAGCUGCUUGGUGGUAAUGUAUUUGGAGGAAGGAUAUUGGGUGGAACUGUAGAAGGUGGAGAAAUGAAAGGCGGAGUGGUGGCCGGUGGGCGUUUUCGUGGAGGACGCAUGCAGGGUGGGCUGCUUAGAGGAGGUGAAGUACAAAGUGGAAUUUUGAGAGGUGGAAAAGUCGAAGGUGGUAUCCUUCACGGAGGAAACAUUGAGGGAGGUGAGUUCAAAUUUGGAGAUAUAUCAGGAGGGACCCUGAAGUCUGGGGCGAUGCUUGGUGGACAGCUCAAAAAUGGAAGUAUAGAGGGAGGAACUCUUAAAGGAGGGACAAUAGAAGGAGGUAUAUUGAAAGGCGGAGUCAUGGAAGGCGGACACCUGAAGGGAGGGCUUGUUCUCGCUGGUAAAAUUAAGGGUGGGGUUAUCGAGGGGGGAAUAAUUGAAGGUGGUGAGAUUGGUGAUGGGGUUUUAAUAAGGAAUGGUAAAGUUAACGCCACGAUCAUAAGUACAGGGAGUACCAUUGAUAAGAAUCAGGAGCUUAGUGGUAUAUUUCAACAAGGAGAAAAUCCGCAGCAGUUAGGACUCAAAGUUGACCAACAAAAGUUUCAUCAAUCAAAUGGUAAGACACCACAUGCAUCGAAAGCCAUGUCAGACUCACCGACCAGUCCUCAAGUGUCUGCCUCAACACCUGAGCACAACCUUGGGCUGACGGUAGUCAAUCCAAGUACGGACGUCAAAAUACCUAUACGAGAAGGAACUCUUAAAAUGCUACCACAAGAAAAUGAUCAAUCAGAUGAUAGUGGUCUUGAAAAGUUGUUAUCCGAAGGGAAGUCCGAAGGUGAUAGUAUAGUUACUCCUGAACUUUCGUCACAGCGGUUCUUUGAGGAACAAGAUCAGCCCAGUCGAGCCGUUCAAAAGAAAGGUUCCAAACAACAUCAUGUUGUUUUUGACGGAGUCGGCUUCGAUCUUCCCAAUGAAGAUUUUGUAGAUCUCAUUGAUAAAAUGAAGGAAGGGCCAAAAGUGGUAGAGGACCUAGUCAGUUAUUAUACAAAGCCGAAAAGGAAGGAAAACUUACAUAUGGGGAGAAUAUCAGAAGAGAAAAACGUGCACAUUAAGCCGGAGGAACUCGAAGCUAGACUCAGCAGUCCUACAAAACCGAGAUCCAGUGUUACUCGGUCUGACAAAGACAAACACCAUGACAGUUCGAAUGCAUCAAUUUCCAAAUCAUCAGACGCUAAAGGUGAAAAAAUAAAGGCCGUGAGUUUCAAUACCAAGGAUGCUGAGAAACUGAGGCCAACUUAUCACUGGUCUCUAAACAAGCUCAUGGAAGAUCGAAUACCUGGCAGCCCAGGACCAGCCAUACGAACACACGGAGAGAUGGUAGCUAUAAGGGGAGGGCUGCAUCUGAAUGGUCAUAAUGCAUGGUUGGGAGCUGGCGACUUCUCUGGAGGAUGUAUAAGCGAUCCUGACACCUGCGAUGAUGGGCUCUCAUUUGAGAUGACGUUUCGACUGGACAAGGAUGCCCUGAAAUACAACGACAUGAAUUACAUCGUGGACUCGGGAGCGUCGACAUUUAAUUCCAAAGGCUUUACUCUGUACACAGUACACGGAAAGUUGAGGGCGGACUUAGCUCUUGCUAAUCAAGAAUUUUGUGUGCAAAUUCCUGUGACAGUCCAAAAAUGGCAAGAUGUCUUGAUUACCUGGAAGAAAAGCGAGGGAAUGAAGAUGUAUGUAAACUGUGAACUGAAGGCGCACACAAAGGGAAGCGAACACUGCAUCGGCUGUCACUCACGCGGCUGUCACGUGACGGACACUAACACGCUACUGAUGAUUGGCAGGCCGAAUUAUAGUCCACAUUUUCACUGCACUAAGUUUGACAGUGGUGAUAUAUCAUUCUGGGAGAAGUAUCUGUCGGCGAACGAUGUCGAAACGUUGUGUGGAGCACCCACAGGUGAAAGUGAAAAACCGAGCGCUGCGAAUCGAGAGACCAAUCAACUGACAGUACAAAGAGCGCCUGUAAAUCAAGCCUUCAAUCAAGUUAGAUAUCCAGCCUAUCCAAUGCAAAGUUACCUCACAAAUCAACCAUACUUUAAUCGAUAUCCAGGCCUGUUACCCAAGGGAAGUGAUGUGAGUCAUCAACUGUUUACGCCUUGGAGUUUCUGGAGCGCAUGUUCCAAGAGCUGCGGUGUUGGAUUUCGAGUUCGCAGGCGCUCUUGUAUUAAUCCAACACUCUUUCCCAAUGGCAGAUUGUGUAACGGACUUUCCAUUCAACAUCAAUCAUGUUUUGAUCGAAUCUGCUCAGCUUACACCUCUCAAAUUCUUCCAAGCCAAGGUCUAGCUGCUCAAAGCGUCAAGCUAUUCGCUUUUAAUCCAGCGACACUUUAUGCAGCAUUUCAUAGCCCAAAAGUCUCAAGCUUGCAACGUGGAACCGAGCCUGGUCUCACUCGCGCAUUGACUCAAGAUGGCGGAUACAGUGACUGGUCAGACUGGGGUAACUGUGACAGGACCUGUGGAGGAGGCGCUCAGGUGCGAACCAGAAUUUGCAACAACCCCCUGCCCUCUGGUGACGGAAAGAUGUGUCAUGCGUUAGGACCAGCCAUUCAAGUUCGACGCUGCAACCGCCGUGGCUGUCCAGUGGAUGGAGGAUACAGUCCAUGGAGCGCAUUUGGUCCUUGCUCCAAAACAUGCGGCAGCGGAGGAAUUCAGCGGCGAGUUAGAACUUGUACAAACCCCACCCCAAUGAAUGGUGGAAAGCCUUGCUUUGGACGCCCUCUACAAACACGAACCUGCAACACGAGGAGCUGUCCAGUUGAUGGGGGAUACAGCAUGUGGUCACCCUGGUUGCCAUGCGACGCAGAUUGUGGGGGAGGAAUUCAAGAGAGAACCCGUUUUUGUGAUAAUCCCCAUCCACAGAUUGGCGGUAGGGACUGUUCCAUUUUAGGCUCAAACAAAGAGACGCGACUGUGCAACCUCUUCCCUUGUAAUGUUAAUGGUUUUUAGUAAAAUAAAGUUCAGUGAUGAUUUGAAAAAAGCCAAGUAUACUUAAAAACAUUAACAAGAGCCGGCAGGUCUAUUUGCAUAACGUAUGAGUAUUGUCUGUUACGUAUAUCACUUCACUUCAAGUUCAUCAAUUCCCUGAAGAGUUAGAUUUAACAUGUCUCCACUUGCAUUCAGUAGAUUUAACAUGUCUCCACUUGCACUCAGUAGAUUUAACAUGUCUCCACUUGCACUCAGUAGAUUUAACAUGUCUCCACUUGCAUUCAGUAGAUUUAACACGUCUCCACUUGCAUUCAGUAGUGAGCAAUACAAAGUAACUUAACAAUACCAUAACCAUAAGGUCACGCGUUGAUAUCAAUCAAUUUUUGACAGCACCACUGUAUCAGAAAAAAGGCAUAUUGUAAUAAAAUACGUUUUAAAAGAAAACAAUGAUUAUUGCCUUCAUAUCCCAGUUUGGUGCCAACUGAGUCAUUUCCCCAUAAUUACAAGCGAGUCCGACAAUAGUGCCAUGCUCAUAGAUCUGAGUUUGCUAGCCUGACCCGUGACGGAGAUUUAUUUACUCAAGAUAUAAAUUUCUGAUUUAAAAUCACUGCUUUCAUUGAUGGCAGGCUUGUAGGCUACCAGAAACUCUCAAAGUGGAAAGCAGUGAAAACUCUUUUCAGUUUAUGUGUACACAAUAAUAUACACAGGCCAUUAUGGUGGUUACCUUCAUCAAAAUAAAGACACUGGAUACCAUAAUCAGUACCAUGUCACUUAUAAUAGAUUAAAUAACACCUAAUAAUCACAGCUUGUGUUCCACAAUAUCACAACAACCAACUAGCUUGAAGCCAGAUGUCAUUAUAGAUUGGGGGCGCAAGUGUUUGUUGGAAUGAAGAAUUGAUUUUUGUCAUCUCAUGCCUGCAAGAAUCCCUUUAGAUUAUCCUCUUGGCCCUUGAGAGUGACCAGCAUCUAAUUUCUCCUUACAAUAUCACCUCCAGAUCAGACAUUAAGGUCACAGGAAUAAAGCUCUUAAUUGUUACACACAUUCUCCUUGUCAACGCCCCCAGGAAAUUUAUGGAGAGCAGUAUGGAGAAUAUGCAUACCAAUAUUGGGAUGUAAAGGGUUAAUCAUGGGAAUGAGUAAAUUACAAAACGGUGUUUUCUUUGGGUUAUUUGUUUGUUUUUUUGGUUCUAGUGUAUGGUAUUGUGUUUAAAGUUUUAGCAAAACAAUCUUAAAUGAUAAAAGAAUAGAGCAGUAUCUCUGUGGAACAUGUUAGAUGAAGACCUGAGAAACGUUACAUCUGUAAAGGCCUUUAAGAAAGUCCUGAAACUUGCCAUGAACAAAUGAUGGAGUGACAGUUAGAAUUUAGAAUUUAAC